AUGAUGAUGAAAUUAGAAGCAUCUAAUGGAAAUUUAAGGAAUAGUGAUCUAACAGAUUUAGGUACUAUUAUUAGUACGAUUGAUAAGACUGGUCACUACUAUUAUUUUGGUAUGAGUAAAGAUCCAAUUACACCAUCUAUAUCGGUACGUGAAAUGAGUGUUCCUCUUUCACAUCCAGUCUCUAGUCACCAAGUUUUAAGGUUUACUGCUAUCUCUUCAAAAUCUGGAGACGAAAAGAAUGGAUUUUUUUGGGAAAUAGAAUCAAAUAAAAUAGAAAUUGAUCAAGAAGAUUGGAAUCAAUGGUUGGAUAACGUAUUGGUUAAAUCAAGUAAAGGUCUUGGAUUAGGUGAUGAAAAGAUUGUAUCUGAAUUAUUAAAGUUGGUUGUUUGUGAUAAAACUCCGACGACUUUGACAACUUUGAAAUUAAAUUUACCUCAAAUCAACAAAGUAUUUGGGUAUUUAAUAGUAUCAUUACCAGUUGAUAAAUGUCCUGAAGAUACGUCAACUAUUCCAUUAUCAUCUGGAUUUGAUUUUGGUCCAAGUUUUGUUGCUUUCUAUGCAAAUAGUACGGUUCAAAUUAAAUCACCUGAUGGAUUGGCAUUACUAUUGGUCUAUAAAUUAAAGAGAACUGGAAAGAGACGAUCUUCUGAUCACUCUGGUACAUGGAUACGUGAUCAUAGCGGUAUAAUAGGUGAUAUUGCAGCAUCUAUUAAAGUGACUUUGAGAAAACCAAAACUCAAAGGUCGAAUCAUAUACAUUCUAUCGUAUCCAUGUGAUUGUAUGCCUGCAACAACUACCAAUUACGAACCAACAACUUUGGAUCAACUAGAUGCUAAUAAUCAAAAGAUAGCACUUGCUUUAAAAGAUGCAGUUUCAAUGUUGACCAAUACAAAGAUUGGGUUUGGUCAAGUUACCAUUACUCAAUCUGGAAGUAGACUGGAUAAUAUUGGUGGUAUGGAAGAAUUAAAAGAUACCUAUUGCGUAUUUAGUUAUUUAAAGAGUUUAAUUGAUGAUUCUGAUAUGGGCCAUCCAGAAUUUACGUUUGGCCAAAUACUACCAUUAGAUGCAUUCAAUCAAGUUGACAUUGCACAAGAAGAUAUUAAACAAUCAAAAUGGACAAGAUCAUUUUGUUUUGUUGCUUUGUACAUUGGUUUGGAUAAUGACCUUGUAUUUCCAGAAUUCAAAGAGAUAAAGAAACAGAAAACUCAAGAUGAGGAGGAAGAAGAGUUGGAAGAUGAAGAUGGUGAAGAUGACGAUUCCGAUGGUAAUUCAUCAAUUUCAGAAGAAGAAAAAGAAUUUGAACAAGGUGUUGAUGAAUUUUAUAAUGAAGAUGGUAAUAGUAGUGGUAGUAGUGACACUGAAAAUGAAGAUGAUCAAGAAGAUACUCAAGAUGAAGAAGAGGAAGAAGAGGAAGAAGAAGAAGAUGAUGAAGAAUAA